CGAAAGUUCAAGAUUCUACCACUGGUUGACUUCAGGGUUACCGUACAACCAGCAAAGUCAGAAUCGCUGAACGCAACUGACUUUCCUACCUCUUUACCAGCUUCCGCUGCUACCUUUCUGUAUACUUUGUUGAAACCAGUCUCGAUCUCGGGGGAGUAUUCGAGACCUACGUCUUUUGUACCUUUUAAGUAUUGA